AUGCCACUGGAUGAGGACUGGCGAUGCAAAAAGUUUGAGAAUGGACCACGGGGAGACAUCAAGUUGAUGGUGGCGCCGCUCUCCAUCAAGGAUUUUGUAGCUUUGGUGGAAAGAGCUCGUGUUAUGGAGCGGAUGAAGGCUGAGGUAGAAGCUCAGCAAGUUCAGCAGCAGCAGAGGGCCAACGGAUCAUCUGGGUCCAAACCUAGAGGGGAAGAGAGGAAGAAAUCCUAUUCUAGGCCGCAACCUCAGUUGGCUAGUACGCAAAGAUGUCAUGGUUGUGGGAAGACGGGGCAUUUGGUUAAGGAUUGCCCCUCUUCUAGAGGGACUACGGUGAGGCCCUCGGCUCAGACCCUAGUUCAGACUCAGUCUUGUGUACAAGAGUUGGGUCUGUCGGUUAGUGAGUUACAAUUCGAUUUUGUGGUGUCUACUCCGACAUCUGGGUUGGUUAGGACAUCUACCAUGUGCACUAGAUGUCCAGUGGAGGUGGAGAGACGCAUGUAUAAAGUCAAUGUCAUAUGCCUCCCUCUGCAAGGGCUAGAUGUAAUCUUGGGAAUGGAUUGGCUCUCCGCCAAUCGCGUUCUCAUCGACUAUUGGGAGAAGAAGCUGAUAUUCUCUAACUCAGAGGAGUCUAAGUUGUUGUCUUCCAAUAGGGUUGUGAAGGAAAUCCGGGACGGCGCAAAACUCAAAGGAUGUGUUCCCUGA